UUAAUUUUAUUGACCUGUUAACACCAGGGGCACCAACCUAAACGUUAUCUAACCUAAAAUUUACCAAAUGACAAGUUAAAAACCUGCUGGGUUAAACGAUUGUCGUGUCCAAAUGUCACGCGGUUAGAGUUUCCCGAGCUUUUUCCUUUACAAUUAUUAAAUAAAAUGAGUGAAAAUGCACAAGAAAAUCCAACGACUGCGCCCGCAAGUGGACAAUCCGGUCAAAACCAAGAAAUCGCACCCGCCCAAAAUCAAAAUGAAAAUUCGCCAGCACAACCCCAAGCAGCACCCCAACCCACCAGGAUGGAAUCAGUAAUGGCCAUCAUAAAAUCAUUAAUUGUCAGAGGAUUAAUCAUUUAUUUCAUCACUUCAUUUUUCCGAAAACCUGCCGCUCCUGUUAAUAACGGGACGUCCGUUCCACGUACAGCAGCUAGAAACAUUUUUACAAACGGCACAGAUCUUUCUAUGUUUAUAUAUUUAACCGAAUCUGAGAGACAUUUUGAUUUUCAAGAAUCAAAUUUGUUUUGGUCAAAAGAAAUGCUAAUGUACGGCGAUUGGUAUUCAGGGGUUAAUGGGGAUGGAAGUUAUUCUUUUGAAAAAGAAAUUCCUGUUACUAAACAUAUGAAGAAUAACGGUUCACUUUACGCGCAUAUUUAUGUCACUACUUUUGGAUACAGUGCCAAUCCUAAAGAUAAAAAUUAUGAUAAAGAUAAAUUUUGUUAUGCUAGGAAAAUGUUAAAUAAAUUCAAAAGACUAAAAGCUAGUGGAACAAAAAACUUGUUAACUGGUGAAACUGAAAAAUUAGAAUCUGAAGGUCAAAUAAUAUCCCAUUGGCAUCCAAAUUUAACAAUAAAUUUAAUAACAGAUGAAACAUUUUGGACCAUGGGAACAGUUCCAAUGCCUUUGGACGCUUUCUAUGAGUUUACUGAUGAUGGAAAAAAUUAUAAACCACCUCUUUAUCCAAACGACUUCUGGAAUAUGGCCAAAGAUUAUAAACCGUUAAACGAAACUUACUCGUUAAACGUAAUUUAUCAACCACUUAGUUUAUUAAAAUUCCAAUUGUACGCCUCACAACAAAUGAGACAAAAAUGGAAUUUCUUUGGUGAUGUGGAAGAAGAAAACGACGACGAACAAGAUACAUUAAAAGAAACCCUUCUAGAAACGAAUCCGUAUUUAUUAGUUAUAACUAUUUUAGUUUCAAUUUUACAUUCCGUUUUUGAAUUGCUAGCGUUUAAGAAUGACAUCCAAUUUUGGAAUAACAGAAAUUCCCUCGAAGGUCUUUCUGUUAGAUCUGUAUUUUUCUCAGUUUUUCAAUCUUUGAUUGUUUUGUUGUAUGUUUUGGACAAUGAAACAAACACUUUGAUUCGUAUUAGUUGUUUUGUUGGGUUAGGAAUUGAAUUGUGGAAAAUUCAAAAGGUUGUUGAUAUCAAAUUCGAAAAUGGGAGAUUAAGAUUUAAUGAUAAAAGUUCUUAUGUUCAAAGCAGUACCAGACAAUAUGAUGAAUUAGCUUUUAAAUACCUUUCUUGGGUUUGUUUUCCCUUAUUAGCUGGAUAUAGUGUUUAUGCUUUAUUGUAUUUAGAACAUAAAGGUUGGUACUCGUUUGUACUGGGCUUAUUUUACGGGUAUUUAUUAACUUUUGGGUUUAUAAUGAUGACGCCUCAGUUAUUUAUCAAUUAUAAAUUGAAAUCGGUUGCUCAUCUUCCAUGGAGGAUGUUAACUUAUAAAUUUUUAAAUACUUUUAUUGAUGAUAUGUUCGCUUUUGUUAUAAAAAUGCCAACAAUGUAUCGUAUUGGAUGUUUCCGUGACGAUAUUAUCUUCCUCAUUUUCUUGUACCAAAGAUGGAUUUACCCCGUUGAUAAAAAACGUAGAAACGAAUUUGGUUAUGCCGCUGAAGCUGAUGAGCCAACUCCAGCUGCCAUUGAAAAUAAAAAGGAUCAAUAAGAUCUCUGGUUGUAAAAUAGCUUAUAUUUAUUUUUUGGUUAUUCAUGUGCUGUCGAGAAAUCGUUAACCGUAUUUAGAUGAAAAUUGUUUAUUAUUUUAGAAUUGUGUAAGAUAAUAAAUAUGAUAUACACA